AAAGCAGUCCCGACUGACCUGAUUACUCAGUAGCUUCAACGCAAGAGGAAAGUAAGGGUGAAGAGAUUUGAAAAGAAACUUGAAAUUCAUUAUAUCAGUGUAAGAAGUACAAAACUGUCAAGAGUCUUCACAGGCGUAACAAAUCAACUUCUUGAUCAAGUAUGAAGUUUUUUGCAUUGCUUCUGCUCACAAUCGCUUUUGGAGAGGCAUCCCAUUUUCGGGGUGCCUAUAUAACUUGGAUCGUGAAUGAAACUGAUACCAACUUUUAUCCAGCCAACCCAUCUGCUCAAAAUUAUAAGGUUCAUGUGAAGUAUGGAACAUCCUGGAGAAGGAGUGACGGAGCUCCAUGUACCUUAGCAACAAUUGCAUCGUGCCAGACAUACAGCCAUGGCCAUUGGGCAGUUUUCUACGGAUUAACAACAAGUUCAAUGACAAAUUCACAUUCCAGCUUCCCAAUGUCAUAUUUCUGCGAGAAGUUUACAACAGCUUAUGACUUCAAUGUUGGAUCAAAUGUGUAUACAAUUUCUUUGCCAAAGCAAUAUGUAUACAAAUUUCAGACCCUGUCAUGUUGCUGGGUAAGCGACCUUGCGGCGUUAGGAGAUUCUGCCUGGGGAGUUGAAACAACCGUUACAUUUCAAACCAAUCCCUCGACAGGAAAAAUAAACAGGCCGCCUCAGGUUCAACACCUGCCUGUUAUAGAGCAUUAUUACAACAGCGCAGGAACAUACGUCAUACCACUUUAUGACCUUGAUGGCGACACUCUGAGGUGCAGAUGGGCUGCCAGUUCUGCAGAAGGCGGCGGUGUGUGGAAUUAUCGAAUUGGAACACUGAAUGGGAAUACCUGUGCACUAUCACUGCCUUCAGGACUUGCCCCUGGCUGGUACCCGGUUGCAAUUAUGGUUGAGGAUUAUGCAAUGGCUAGCACUGGUAUUUUGCAGCUGCAAAACACAAUACCAAUACAAUUCACCGUCUAUAUCUACUCAACUACAAGAGCUGGUUUGUUGGGUACCAACCUUACUAGCUGUUACCCAUCUUAUCCAGUACGAUGUAUCUUCUGUCAGCAAAGCACAAUUCCUCCAACAACAAUAGCUCCAACAACACCAGGAGCCUACCUAGUUGAUGGUUGCAGAAGCUAUCAAAUUCUUGCGAAUCCAGAUCGAGCCUCUACCUACAGUGAUUGGAGCUCGUUCAGAUGUGACAUUGAGGUGUAUGGUUGGUAUAGGUUUAGGGGGGAUGCUGGCCAUAGUAUGCUUGAUUAUUGUCCAAACACGUUUGGAAAUGCCUACAGAUGUGGAUCUUUUUACCAAGGCUGGAUAUCCUCAGGAUCACGACCGACUACAACUCAAGGUGUUGUUCAGAGGACAGUUUGCUUUUCAAGAUAUGGGACCUGCUCUUGUGCGCAUACAAAAGAUAUCUACAUAAAAAACUGCGGCAAUUUUUUCGUCUACUGGCUGAGUGGGGUUCAUGUCUGCAAUUCAAGAUACUGUGGAUUGAAAGAUACUAAGCCAGCCGUGACGUGCACUCUUAGUAAGAUGAACAUUGAACUUGUGCGUGCAAGAUACAACACAUCCUUAUACUCCAGCAUAACCCUACGAGACAAAUCCUGUCCUGCCUCUAUUUCGUCAGCCAAAAUAACCUUGGGAGGCACCCUUGGAAUUUGCGGGGCCACAAAAUACACGACUGGUUCCCAUAUUGUCUACGAAAAUGAAGUAAUUUUCAAGGCCAAAGAGGUGAAUGGAGUUAUUAGAGACAAUGACAUAAUAGUGAAGUUUUCGUGCAAGUAUGCAAAGAACGGCACAGUUAGUUUAAUUGGUUACACACCGCAGUACAAUAUCACUGUUGUAGAAGAUGGCUUUGGAAACUUCUCGACUUUUUUCCAAAUGUUCACGAAUGCAAUGUAUAGCCAAAUACAUUCAAUAUAUCCCGUCAGAGUGCAGCUAAGAGAUUGGGUUUAUCUUGAACUUUUUGCCAACACAAACGGAAAUGAUAUCGUCCUUGUUGCUGACGAAUGCUUUGCGACUCCGACGAUGGACCUGAAUCAUCCACAAAAGCUGACAUUCAUUCGAAAUGGUCAAGGAGUUGCGGCAGAAGGGGUAAUGUUCUACCGUGCACCAAACAACAAAAACAGGUUUAGCGUUCCGGCAAUCAGGUUUCUGCAGAACAGUACUGCUGUAUUCUUUCACUGUCGCUUCUUUUUGUGUUUCACAAGUUCGACCAAUCUUCGAUGCACCAGAGGGUCUCCAAACAACAACGUCAACAAAAAUCGAAUCAACAGAGGCAGGAGAGAUGUCGAAGAACCUGAGACGAAACCUCCCUCCCAGUAUUAUAAUUUAGAUCUUGAAAUACGGUUGGAUGACAAAAAACAAGAUACCAAGACUGAACCUGGUCCAAACAAUCUGGUUUAUAUCGUCGGAGGAUUCGGUACAGGGAUUAUUCUACUGAUUGUCAUUGUUGCUGUCGUUUUCUACCGAAUGCAACGUAGAAGACAGGACACAGCUGAAGGCCCUCUUGAAAAAAGUGACUACCAAGUUGACUUGGGCGAAAUUGGCCUUGAAAACGAGGCUAUUCAAGGCGACCAGGUAAAAUGAAAGGACCCUGUGACAGUUGCCCGAUGUGUAUUGUGUGUUAAUUGCACGAUUAUUGUAUUAUUAUGAUUCUCGUAGCUUAAAUUCGUAAUUUUUAAUCUGGCAGAUGUAGAUAAAACAGUUGUUUAACGUAGUAUGUAGCUAGGAUGUAUUUCUGAAGAGACGGCAAGGAUCAGGAAAAACCAGAUCUGCUUGAGCUGCGGCAUUUUAUUUUUUCAACCACUUUCGAAACUAAUUUUUAAGAAAGCACCUGACUUUGGACCGUGUAACUUAACAAACCAAAAAACCACUAAAAGUUCAAAGUUACCUUGGCUGAAAUAUUGCAACAUUAUAACAACUUCAAUCCCUACCUACUUACAAGCUACCAAAGCUAUUGUCCUGCAGUCCCUGUGAUAUUUACUUGCUUCAAUCAAUAGAUUACUGCUAAUUUUUUACAAGAGCAAUGGCUGACUCCGCCCCCCCCCCCUCCGCUUGAGGUCUCUUGAAAUGACUAUGAUUAGAAGUGACAAGAUAUAAAUGUUAACGUCUAAAUGUAAAACCAAAAGAACUAAGACAAUUGCUUGCAGUUUUUAAAGUUAAACGUUAAUUAUCGGCCUCUUACUGCCCAUUGCUUAGCCAAUUUGGAGUACUCUAAUACAAUCGUUUGCAAAAUGCAGUUUAAAUUUGUUUUUACAUUUUCUUAAGGUAUUUCUAGGUAUUCUUUCAGGCUGUAUCGUCCAAAUGAAAAGCUCUAAGAAUAUACUUUUAUGACAUCAUAAUUUAGUCACUGAAGUAAUAACGGUUUAAAGCAAAAGUUUGAACAAAUCUUUGCAUCUAGCAGUGAGUUGUUUUUUUCCUUAGCACUGUUAUCUAUUUUAUUAGUCAAUAAUGAUAGACUGACAUCCAGUCAUUCAUAUUAAUCCGAUGUACGUGUUUUUGUUUUGAAAAAGCAACCUAUAUGUCUGUUUGUAUUGCUUAAAGGCUGUGCUUAUGUAACAAUAAAUAGCCAUUGCUAUAUGUUUUAAUCCCUCUUAUUAGAACCUUGAUGAA